GGGGAUUCCCUCCCCCGGCUGCCGGCCGCAGUCUGGGCUGUGGCCCCUCGCCGCCGCUCACUGCCACGUCGCUGCCAUGGAGUAGUUCCUCCGGCGGCGUCCGAGGCAGGCAGGCAGCAGCCCGAGAGGGGUGGUGAGGUGGGGAAGAGGGAGGGGGAGCCACCCACAGCAAGCUGCCCCCCCCCACCCCCCCGGAGCCGGCUCUCGCCGUAACAGCACGGAGGAAGGAUGCUGACCGACAGUAUAAUGGAAGAGUUUGAGCGCCGGGCGGACUCCUGGUUCCAGCAGCAGCGGGACAUGGAGCACGAUCUGCACCUGGCUGCCGAGCUGGGCAAAGCCUUGUUGGAUCGCAACACGGAGCUGGAGGAAGCCCUUCAGCAGAUGUACAGCACCAACCAGGAGCAGCUUCAGGAGAUCGAGUACCUCACCAAACAGGUGGAGUUCCUCCGUCAGGUGAACGAGCAGCACACCAAGGUCUACGAGCAGCUGGACGUGACAGCUCGGGAGUUGGAAGUAACCAAUCAGAAACUCGUUAUGGAAAGCAAAGCAUCGGAGAACAAGAUAGUGAGCCUGACGGAGACGGUGGACGGCCUCCAGUCGCACGUGGACGAGCUGCAGCGGCAGAUCGAGGAGCUGAAGAGCAGGUCCCGGCAUGAGUUGGUGGAACAGCGGAGGGCAGCGCAGAGCUCCCCCUGUCUGCAGGAGCUGUACGACUUCGACAGGUCGCCGGCCCAGAACCAGGCGCUGGUGGAGGAGCGGGAGCGGCUGCGGCAGAGUGUGUCAGCACUGCGGGGCCAGCUGGCGGCCGAGCGCUGCCGCACUGAGGAGCUGGAGCAGGAGCGGUGGCUGGUGCUGAGCGAGAGCGGCGGGCUGGAGCGCGGCCUGUCCGCGCUUCACGACUACACGCGGCGGCUGGCCGAGCUGGAGGGCAGCGUGGCCGAGCUGCGGCGGCUGCGGCGGCGGCGGCCGAGCGCUGAGACCCGCGACCUGCUGGACGGGCUGCUGUUCUACCCGGAGCCGCCAGAGCCACCGGCCAGCGACAGCGGCGACGAGGCCGGCCCCGCCGACGACCCGCUGCGGGGCCACGAACUGACGUGCAUCAGGCGGGCAGAGGCCGUGCGCCGCCGCGGCGUCUCGCUGCUCAACGAGGUGGAUGAGCAGUACAGCGCCCUGCAGCUCAAGUACAACGAGCUGCUGAGCCGCUGCCAGCACCCUGGCUCCUCCUCCAGCAAGGCCGUGCAGACCCCGGGGCGGCUGAGCCAGGAGUCGGCGGCUGGCUGCACCCUGACCGGGGGGACGCCUCCGGGAAUCAAACCCGCCACCUCCUGCAGCGACGGCCAGCCCGAGUACAAGGCGCUCUUCCAGGAGAUCUUCAGCUGCAUCCAGAAGACCAAGGAGGAGAUCGAGCAGAGCAGGUCCAAAUACAAGCAGGGCCAGUGGCGGGGCGGCUGCAGUUAAGAGGCAAUGGAAAAAAAAGGGGGAGGGAAAACUUACCAGUAUUGCAAUAAACCUCAGACUGGAAGGAAACCUCACGUAACUUAUUAAAUGAAGUUCCUUUCCUCCCCAAAUUGAAAAAAAAUGCAGUGUUCCUAGUGUGAGCCAGAUGAUCCUGUUGGAUGUGAAUGUAUUUGUAAACGGGAGGCGACUUUCUCACCCAGAGGAAGUGCAGCUGGUACCUUUUUUUAUAUAUUACAAGACGUGCAUUCCCAUCAUUGGAUUUAACGUAAAAGUGCAAAUACUUGAAGUUUGGAAUAAAAGCAGGAGAUGUUGGGAAUACUCAGCUGGCCGUGCAGCAUCAGUGGAGGGAGAAACGGGGUGAAUGUUUCAGGUGGAAGACCCCUUCGUCAGAACUGGGGAAUAGAGGAAACGGUUUAUGUUGCAGGGAGGGUGGGGUUGGGUGGAUAGGGUUAAGGUAAUAGUUUCUGUUGGGGUGAGACUAGGGUUGCCCUGGGGAUAAGUUGUCGGGGGUCAUCCAGUUGGUGGGAGGGGCGGCAGUUAGAAGGUGGGAAUACAAGGGGGGAGGGGGAAUAAAAGAUUGUGGAAUAUAGGCAGGCAGAGCCAAUGCACAGAGAGGAACGGGUGAUGUCACAGGUGGGUGACUUGUAGACCUCUACAACUUAUCCCCACUGCAGUCCUAGACUCACCCUAUUACAGAUAUUCCCUCCAUCCAUUUGUUCCUCCCACCCUCCCUGCAACUUAACACUUGUAACUUGCAACUUGUAGCCUUUAUUCCACUGCUGACAAAGGCUCUUCCAGCAGAAACUUGAACUCUGCUUCUCUCUCCACAGACGCUGCCCGACUUGCUGAGUAUUCCCCACAUCUUCUUUCUUGCCA